GUGAUGAAAGACGUUUAGUUCGUUUGACUCAGUUGUAGGUUAACAUCCGUUCCGUAAUUUAUUCUCGAAGUGUAUGAAAUAUAAAUUGCAAAGAUGAGUAUUGAUGCAGACGGAAGGAAAUAUACAUCACCAGAUGGCUCAAAAACUUGGGAAUAUUUGGCUAUUUUGACAUGUUCCAUUAUGAGUGGUUGCAUUGGAUUCGUCGUAGGAUGGAAUUCACCAAGUAUUGUAAUAUUAAUGUCUGAAGACUCGCCUAUUCCAGUCACAGCAUCAUCUGUUUCUACAUUGGUGGCAGUUGUGGCUGUUGGACAUAUGUUAGCGCCACCAAUUAAUAUUUUUAUCGUUGAUAAGUUCGGCAGAAAAAAUACUCUGUUGUUUAGUGCUUUACCGCUCUUAGUCAGUUGGAGUUUAAUUACUAUCGCAACGUCUAUUUGGUAUUUAAUACUAUCCGUUUAUACCACGCUAGAAACAGACACAUUGAUUACAUUUCCUAUCCCGAAUGAUACACAAACCAACUAGUAACAUUUUGUUUGUCCAUUUUGAAAUAACAAUCAUAUUCGUUAAUUUGCAAAAGAAACAAAAUUCUGAUUUAUUU